ACUUGAUGCAUUUAGAAGUCAUGAAUCGUAAAUUGGAUUUAGCUGCCAAGUGGUUCCGUACAUUCAAGAGGGAAUCCCCGUAUGAUUAUGUUGGGAAAAUGACGCCCAAGAUGUGGAUAUUGGUUUUCCAGAUUUACAGCGGUGGGAAUUUACAUCUUUGGGAAUUGAAAAGCACAGAAUUGGCCUCAAUUAGGUAUGACCCAAAGAAUAGUAGGUUUGUCGACUCCAUCAAGUCCAAUGACUUAUUGGCCGAUUUCAGAAAAUCUGGGUUGCAAGUUGCCGAGAUGGGAUUGGAAUUCCAUGAAACUUUGAUUUGCAGUUUGGGGUACGAAGGUAAAUUGUCACAACUUUUUAAUUUUAUCGAGUCAGUAUGGGGAGUUGACGAAACUGGGAAAAUAAUUUCCGACGAUGUUAAAUUGAAACCGAAUGAUUCUAGGUAUCCAACCAUGAACACUGUUAUUAGUAUAUUUUCUAGUAUUGCAUAUAACGGUCAUUUCUUUGACGCAAUGAAGUUUGUUAGUGAAUUCCAGAAAUCAUACGAAAUAACUGGAAGUAAUGCAUUAGACAAGAGGUUUUUCGAUCUGAUUUUCAGCUGGUGCGAUAUGUCCACUAAAUUUGAAGAAGAUCGUGCCUUGCUGUAUUUCUUGAGACAAACCAAUGUGAAAACCAACGGUACACCUACCUUGAAUGAAAUUUCCAAUGACGUUAACUUUGACUAUGAGGGAUUCUUGGAAUUCGUCAAGAAACUUAAACAGGAAAGAAACCAGGCAUUUCAACAGCUAUGGGAUAUUUACCAAACUGACGAAAUAGAUUUCAACCACAGCAUCUACUCCACAUAUUUGAACUAUUUGAAAGAAGGAAUAGCUGAUAAUCUAGAACAGAAAUAUUAUGAUUAUUUGUCAGCAUUAUUAAGACAAUACCAAGCAUACCACACCACAUCACAAUCGUUUAAUAGACGUGCCAACCUUGGCUUUGAACCCGUCAAUGAAAAGCAUCAAUCGGUAUACAUACUUUAUCAAGCGGCCAUGAAGGAAUUGAUCGACAUCAAGGGGAAAUCCUUGUACAUAGGCCAAUGCCAACCCUUGAUUGAUGAAUGGUCCCUUGAUACCGCCAUGAAACAACAAUUGAGUGAUUGGUUCAAGCACGAGAAAUUGAAUCAAUUUAAGAGGUUGAGAGAGAAGAAGAGACAAGAGUUUAUGAUGACCUUAAAGAAGGAGGAUGAUGAGGAUGAUUCGUUGUUGAGCUUGAUGUAGAAGAAGUAUUUAUUGUGUUGUAAAUAAAAUUGAAUUUUGGCUG